UUUUUUAAAAAUCUUGCCAUUUUAUUUCUGGCUAGCUAGUAACGUUAGCUAUGGCGAAGAGAUUCCUAUUCUUGCCAAGCCAAAGCAAAAACCUAAAGUUUGGUGAAGCAUCUUUUGAGAUUUUAUCAGACUUUCUCAUAAAUCUCAAUAUCAGAAACAAAGAUAAACUGAGCAAUUUAUCACGUUACAGUGGGGAUUUUAAAGACAAAAGAUUGAUAGAAUGCAUUUUCCUUGUCACAGAAGAGUUAAGACUUGACCCCAUGGUUGGAUAUCAUGCUGUUGAAUUACUUGAAAGGUUCAUGAUAAAGCACCUGGAGGAUCUGUUUUCAACACCACACACACCUGCAGGGGCAGCAGGUGCCCAUAAAGGAAAUUACGCGGACCUUGUUUAUGAGAAACUGAGUGAGAAGUUCCAUCUCAUUCUCCUCUCUUGUGUGCAAAUAGCAAGCAAACUGUCUUUGCACAGUGCUGUGGUUGACAACAACACAGCAGCGCAGUUUCUUCACUCGAUGGGCCACAGCAUUUCCAAACAAACUAUCAUGGACAUGGAGCUGAUGAUCUUGAAAGCACUUGACUUCAGGCUAAACACCCCCAACCCUCUGACUUAUGUUGAGAUACUCCUGGAGGUGCUUGGGCACAAUGAUUCUUCUAUCCCUGUGGAGCACCUGCAUCACCUCAGCAGACACGUGCUCCAGUUCACCUACCUCCAGAGGACAGCCAUCUAUGACUCCCUGCUCAAGGCCACCACUCAGUGCCUGAGCCCAUCUGACGAACAGAGAAAGACUUUCGUGUCGGUGACUGAAGACUGCAUGCUUCUUGGUGUUGGUGUCAUUGCUGUGGGUGCAUACAUCCUCAAUGUCACUAACUGGGAACAGUGCAUGCUGCUCAGUGAACUAGUAACGGCCCAACCAUUGAUCACCAGGUAGUGGAGGAGCUGAGUCACAUCACAGGGAUCUCAGUGAAGAGCAUCAGUGAUUUCACACAUGUUACACUGAUGCACAUUACCAAGAACAACUCUCCCAUGGUCACAGCAACUUGAGUCGAGUCCGAACAACACAUUCAUCGAUUGAAAGAUUUUAUUUACGCUAAGUUGGUCUGAAACUUGACAAUGAACUAUGUUUCUUCAGCUACAGGAAGUUAUGAAAGAAAGAAAGCCAUUGAGACUUAGAGAGUACAGUAUGAUACAGUAAAGCAGUACAGUAAAACUACAGUGUCUGUAUGUAAAAAGAUUGAAAGGUUCGCACCAAACAUCUGAUGUAAAAACUAGCUCCCUGAGUUUGACUUUCUAGUUGAUUUCCUUAAUAAUUUAACUUCUAUUUUCUGGAUGUUUAUUUCUGUUUACUGUUCCAACAAUUAGCAGCAUUAAAGAGCCUUCUUCCAUCUAUCAAGUCAUAUCUGUUAAAUGCCAUAGUGUGCAAUAUAAAAGCAAAGCUGAUGUUAAAAUAGAAAUGUAAUAGAAAUGUAAUAAAUAGUGUAAGUAAUUCAUUUAACUUAUAUAGAUAAGAAUACAUACAUGUAUGUAUUAUACCCACCACCUCUGUCAAGUUUAUUUCUCCUCUGUCCAGAUGGUACCAUUGAAUAAGAUGCACUGCAUCGUGUGUUAAAAUCAUUUCAUGAAAUAAGUUCAUCAUAAACGUCACUUCACCCAGGAUUUAAAAACAGGAAGUAAGAAGGGUGUAGGUGUCAGGUGGGUGGGUCAGGUGUCCCUGGCAUGUGAUUGCCUCUCUGGCUCCCUCUGCUGGCUCUCACCCUCAGUGUGCGUGGAAGAAGAGAAACCCAUCAAACCUGAGGGAGAAUCAAGACAACAUCCAAUCAACUGCUGUUAUUCAACUGUAGAUAGCUAUUCAGAGAGUGUGACACAUUUCACUGCACCUAUCCGGUGUAUGUGACAAUAAAAACAUCUUAAUUUGUUGAUAUAUUUUUUAAUAAAAGGCCAGUAAACACAA